GUGACAUAAUUUUGACCUUUUUAAACAUUUGACAUUAAUAUCUCGUAACGUUUCAAUCUUUUAUCGUGCCUUUUUUUGGACACUAUAAGAGAUCCUGAAAUAUUUCGAGAUAAACAUCUAAAUUCUUUUUUUAAAUUAUUCGUUCAUCCCCUAACAAUGAUUCGACAACAAUUUUCGAUGCCAUCACAGUUCAACAAUCAUACAUUUUUCGAAGAAAAGCAACAACUCAUUAAAAAGCUAAAGGAACAAUUAGAAGAUGCCCAAAACGUUCUGAAAGGUGAAGAACACCAAUUAUUGCAGUACGAAAAUAUUAUUAACACUGCAAAAAUGGUUGGACAACAGGCGAAUAAAUUAAUUAUUAAUUUAACGGCUGCGAUAGGUGCUGCGAAUAAAACAGUUGCUAGAACGAAACAGGCUAGCGAAAAAGCUAUGGGCGAGAUUAUUCUACAGAAAAAAGUUGUGGAAAAGGCAAAAGAAACAGUUAAAACAAUCAACGAACAGUUAAAGAAAGAGGAAAGAUCUUUAACAGACGUUAAAGUUGUUCCCGAUAACGAAAAUCCUGCUUUGUUGGUGGUUUUUGAUGAUGAUAUAUCGCUGAAUGAUGAUUCUGAUUCAGAAAGUGAUUCCUCGAGGGCUGCCUACGAAGCUAACAUUCGACGCGUGUUGAAAUAAAAUUUAUUUUACUAAAUAUUUGUAUUUUCUAUUAUAAGUUACAAAAAAUAAUAGCAAUAGUCACAUUACGAUUA